GUAAAUUCGAGAGCGGUCACACCGAAACAGAUAUUUUUUAUUGCAAAAAUUUGGUUUAUUUAUAACGAAAAACCGAUGAUGCUGUAAUUUUGGAACACCCAGGCAGUGGACAAAGGGAGCCGGAGUCCGAUGAGCACCACAGCCUCCACUAGCCAGCGGAUGAGGAGGCACUAGGACGCAGGAUACUGCCGCUUUUCGGCCGGAACGCUGCACAAAUUUUCAGGAGGAAGGCAGUAGGAGGAAUAUAUUAAGUCUGAUUUUUAGCGAUCUGAAUAUGGAGACUGACUACCAGAACUACGUGGAGUCGCUGUCGGGCGUGUCUUCCGACGAGGACGACUUCUCAACGGUGGACAGCUCCGACGAGUCUUCGGAGGAGCCAACUCCCACGCCAUCGUUCGGCCCAAGGACUCGGAAUCUGGUGCAGAUGCUCUACGACAGGGAGCGCACUGGAUACUUCUCAGGGUCCUCGAGGGCUGGACAAAAGCAACAGCUUCCUUACGACAGAGUGCCAAAUCGGUUAAAGUUAUACCUCAAGGAUGUGCUGGCCAGCAGUUUGAUGGAGGGACACAUUUUUAUGGGUCUUACUUCCUGCGGUCAGUAUAUGCUUAGCCAUCGAGUGGUUUGCAAUGACAGCUCCUCGCUUAAUCACUACUCAUUCAACAUGGGCUACAAAUACACCCUCUACUUCUGGCUGUUCCAACCCCACAAGAGGCUGCGACACUUUUUCUCUCGCCGCCUCUUCGACGAUCAUAUUGUGGACAACAUCAAGACUGUUAGUAUGACUCAAUGGAAGAAUACGCAGCACCAGAUCCUAGUGGUCCAUGGUGCUGCCACGGAGGAGGGCGAGGAUAGCUAUAUUACAUAUGUUAAAGUUCCUAAACUGGGUUGCUUGGAGUGCAAGAAACUCAACGACGACGGUCCAUAUUCCUUUUACAAUGCACACUGCCUGAACUGCCACUUGACUGUGCACACCAAAUACUCCUCGAGUGAAACGGAUCCGAAAUUCGAGCCGAAAAUCAAUUUGCUCUGCCCGGAGCGAAUUCUUAUCAUCUCUAAUGGAUUUAUGCACAUGCUGCGCAUUGAUGUUGACACGACGGCCGCGAGCUCGGGCAGCAAUUACCCUUCCCAGCAGAGCCUCAUUCUGCCUAGUCUUCAAUCGACACCGCAGUCGCAGUCCUUUUUGCUUCCCAGAAAUCUGUUGGCCAGCGAGGAGGAUCGCUCAACUGUUUUUACAGCCUCCGGUUCGGAGGCGGAGUCCGGAAAUGAGCAGAGUGUCGUGGCUAGGAUCAUAGCCGACUUCAGUGACAUUGAAACCGAGCAGGCCCAGCGCUCUAGUCAUCCCUCUAACAAUAACAACAAUGAGGUGCAAUCUGGGGGAAGUGUCUGCUGUUCGCCAAAGGCUUAUGAGAGGCUCAUUUUCACGCCACACUGCAGUCCCACGGUGGUGACGGGCCUGAAUAGCAUGACCCUGCCGGAGACCACGCUGCCGAUAACAAAGCCUCUUGCCAACGAAGCUAGUCCGCCACGCAGGCGAAACCAGCGAAUAGUCACCAAGUUUCGCAAUGGCAUCACUACUAUUGACCUGCAGAGCCCGCCGAGUUCCAGUUCCAUGACGGACAAAUCAAAUGCCUAUGAGUUCUCAGAGGAUAAUGAGAAGUACGAGAAGAUCUCCACAUUCCGCAAACGACGUCUGGCGGAGAAGAAGUACGAGUUCUCGGAGGACAACUCGGAAAAUAUCAUACCCUUCACCAAAGUUCGAUUGGCGGGUCGUGCCUUCAAUGCCUCGACCGCCAGCUCCUCAGCUCGCAGUUUCCAUCGCUUUUCGCCCACGGCGCACUUCUUUCACAACUCGCCCUGCGCCUCACCAUCCUCUUCGCCACAUCCCUCGCAGCCGGCACAGACGCCACCGCAUCUGGGCUUCCGUUCGCCACCAUCAAGCUCCAUGCUGAUGCGUUCGCCCAGUCGGAACGCAAAUUCGGGUCAGAUCUUUAAUCAGAAAUCACCGCCAUUAUCCCAGGCCACGCAACAAAUGCUCAGCUACAAACCAGUGGGUCCGCUGGGAGCUCUCUCCCCUUUGCAGGUGUCCCUGGCCAAGCGGUUCGAGAUAGGCGGUUCCAUGUCUCCAAACGCCGGGCUGUCUUUUCUUUCGCCGCGACGCGAUGAGCCCAGGAUUGUGGAGAUGCCAGUGCAGGGUGGUGUUAUGCCAGAGAAACCGGUAUGCACCAAGAAGCUAAGACGGCGCUACGUAGAGGAGGACGAUGCAACCUCAGUCAUUACCAGCGAAGAGGACGACUGCAUAUCGCCCGGCUAUCACACCUCGCUCCCAAUGGAGGUGCACGGCUCCUGCUACUCGGAGAUGCAGAUGAUCUCACAGGUCUCGUAUCAGCGGCUGCGGUGCAGUAGCGUAGUCAUAACCCAGCACUCAUUUGACCUGGAAACCUUUACUUACUACGUGAUUAGCCUGCUGUGCCAAAAGCACCAGAAGAUCUACAACGUGUUCUACGACUGGGCAUACGAAGUGAUCAGCGUGUGUCCACUGAGCCAGACGAUCGGCUGCAUGCUGAUGGCUCAGUUCUCGGCGCGUGAUCAGCCGCUGGCGAUCUGCUUGCAUUGCACCGGUCGGAUGGACUGUGCGUUUCACAAAAGACAGUACGAGUGUCGCAUCCUGUUCACCUGGAACAUGGAAAGCGGCCAGUGGCAGGUGCUAGACUAUGGCGAACUCAAGGAGGUGCACGAGCAGUUCAGCCCGCUGAAGCGACUAGGCAAGGCUAGGCCCACAUUCGCCCAGGCGGCCAGGAAGAUGGGCCAGGAAAUGGCCCAAGCUUUGGGGCUUAACCUGCCCAACUAUACCUCGAACCUGCGCGUGCUCAAUUCGGAUAUCCGAAAGUCUAAGAUGUACAUCAGUGAUCUCGACAACAUGGUGGAGUUCCACUUAAAACGCACACCCCAGGAGACACUGUGAACACAUUGUUAACAGACUACAUAUGUAAACACACUAGUUUAAAAGAAGAAAAUUUGUUCAUUAUAGUAAAAGCUGCAAAGUUGUUAAUUCAGAAGUCAACAAUUUUAUAAUGCUAUCAGUUAAAAAAGUAAUCGCCCUGUGGAUUUAACAAACUUUGCAAAAUUCGUUAGAAAUCGAUAACUAUCAAAUUCGGUAGCUUUUACGUUAAUGACAACAAUUUCUUUGAAAACUCGCUAAGGUUGCGUGAUUCUAGUUCAGUUCUAAACACAAACAACGUGUGCUGUAUUUAGUCUUUAGUUACCUAUACCUUACUUAGUGCAACGAAACGCUUUUUCAGAAGGUUGAAGCGCGUCCUAAUUUCGACUGAAGUCAUUUAAGUAAUCUACAAUCUAGUUUUAAGAUUCCGCUCAUACUUACAAUACGGUAAUUUUGAUAUUCGAGACUUCGAUUCAACUAUUAACUUUAAUAUUAGUUAGUUAGCAACACCUUUCAAAAUGCGGUACUAGUAAUUAAAGUAUCGAUAUAGUUAGAGUCAACCCCCGCCUAAGGGGAAAAUAUUCAGUUGUAAUCAAACUUUGGAAUAAUGUUUCAAGAUAAUAUUAAACAUUAUAAAUAUAUUUCAAGAUAUUAUUUAGCCACUUUCAAGUCCUAAAAUGAAGUGCUGGUAAAUAUAAGACAACCCAGAAACGUAAAAUAGUUUAUUUUCUU